ACGGCACUUCCGACUUGAAGCGGAAGUCGCUCUUCCAUCACCGAGGUGGUACACGAGUGCAGCGCGAGUCUGGUGAGGCGUGUGAUCGAGCGUGUCUACUGUGACUGCGGUUGUCACCAGCGGGACGUCUCCAUGAAGAUGAAGAAGCUGCCUAACAUCCUGCUCACAGGAACCCCGGGUGUGGGAAAGACGACUCUGGGGAAGGAGCUGGCUGAGCGCACGGCUCUGACUUACGUGAACAUAGGUGACCUGGCCAAAGAAGGACAGCUGUAUGAUGGCUUUGACGAGGAGUACCAGUGCCCCAUCCUGGAUGAGGACAGGGUUGUGGACGAGUUGGAGGACAAAAUGGCGGAGGGUGGCGUGAUUGUGGACUACCAUGGAUGUGACCUGUUCCCUGAGCGCUGGUUCCACAUCGUCUUCGUCCUCAGCACAGAAAACGGGCAGCUGUACUCUCGGUUGGAGAGCAGGGGCUACAGUGGGAAGAAGCUGCAGGACAACGUGCAGUGUGAGAUCUUCCAGACCAUUUAUGAGGAAGCCAUGGAGGCGUACAGAGAGGAGAUCGUGCAUCAGCUGCCGAGCAACACACCGGAGGAUCUGGAGCGGAACCUGGAGCAGAUCGCCCAGUGGACAGAGCAGUGGGUGAAGGACAACAACUAGAAAGUGUUGGCACAGAGCUUCCUUUCCUCUGCAGUUAGUUUCCUCAGCACCUUUCCUGACGUCAGCCGCCGUGUGACGCUUGCAACUUUGAGGAGCUGUGGCCAAAGUUCCACAGAAGAAGGGGUCGUUUCAAAUAGAUGCUGAGUGAGUCACGCCCAGAACCAAGUCAGCCGACCCUCAGCCUGGAUCUUGACACCAGGGGACUGUUUUCAUCAUGAACAUUCUGUCACAUGACCUUCUUCCUUGAGAAACGUGCAUCACAGCGCAGCCAUGUAUGACCACAGUGUCUCUUGACAUGUUUGUAUCCAACAUGAAUAAACGAGAGAAAACAAAGAA